GUCUUACGUAGCAGGAAGUGUACAGCGUGAGACUGCAAUUUGACGUUCGCCGGAGCUGUUGAAGAUAAAUAAGUUCCUCACCGUCAGUGUUAAACCUCAGACUAAAGAUGGUCGACUCCCAGUACUACCUCCCAAAUGACAUCGGUGUCUGUGCUCUUGACUGCGGCGAAGCCUUUCGUUUGCUUUCCCCUCACGAGAAGAUGUACGCCCACUACCUGUCACGCGCUGCAUGGUACGGUGGUCUGGCAGUGCUGCUGCAGACGUCCAUAGAGUCGGCAGAUAUCUUUGUGUUGCUGCAGAGAAUCUUCAGGAAGCAGACGCCUGCAGAGCUGGAGCAGGUCGCCACAGCAGCUGGGCUCAGCUCUGAGGAGUACCAGGCACUCUUGGUGUAUGCAGCUGGUCUGUAUGCCAACAUGGGAAACUACAAGUCUUUCGGAGACACUAAGUUCAUUCCAAAUCUACCCAAGGACAAGCUGCAAGCUCUGGUGAAGGCCAGCCAGGCAUUUAAGGACCAGCCCACUGAGAUGGAGGCUCUGUGGGACAGCUGCUCGUGUCUCCUCUACUCCCUGGAAGACAGACAGAAACAACUGGGGCUGGGCGACCAGGUGGGAGCUUGUGUCAGGCAGAGUUCAGGCCAUUUUCACCGUUAACUAUUUUGUCU